AUACUUCAAAUUAUACUCUUAUCUCUAAGACUAAUAAAAACCAAAUACUAUCUACUAAAAAUCACAAAGAUGAUGAUAAUAUUAUUAUAAUUGACUUAAAUAAUGAUAACAACACCAAUACUAAUAAUCAAACAGCUAAUAGUUUUUAA